UAGGCUGUAGGGACAAGAGGACACCCAAAGCCACUGAUCUUGCUUGAUCACUCCAUGGAACAAGUCUCUCCGAGUAGUCGAUAAAUACUCGGGGACUGUGAAGUUGAACUAGCAUACAGAGAACUGUUUCUGUGUCGUAGUGUAAACAAAACUAUCUUAAAAAAUCUCGAGCGUUACGUAGACUAAUUACAUGUAACUGAAUCCACGGAUAUUUAGUGUGUAUCGAUAGAGACUGUCUCAGAAGACAAGAUACAUCUGUGUGUACCUGUUUCAUGUAAACUGUGCAAAGAACUCUAUACACUUGAAACAAAUGACCAGACGCAAAUUUCUGUACCUAUUUUUAUUCAUCGGUUUGCUGAUGAGCACAGAAGCAGCAAAAGGUGGAGGACGCAGAGGAAGUAGCAGAGGUCGUGGAAGACUGCACAAGUCACGGAUGCCUAUUCUGAUUCCUCAUCGAAACCCAAGUAGUUUCAAUUACUACGAAAACAAAGAUGGAGCAAAAAUAGUGAAAGCCUCGCACUUCGAGUUGGAUUACAUGCUGGGAAGAAAGAUCACCUUCUUCUGCAUGGCCAUUGGAUUCCCGAGACCUGCGAUAACCUGGCUGAAGGAUGGAAUAGAAUUGUACCAUCACAAGUUCUUUCAGACCGUCAUGACACGCUUUAUGAUGAUAUUAUUCCUGUUAAUCGUAUUGCUGCUAAACAGCCAGGAUGUUUUCGGGCGAAGAGGACGAAACCGAGGUAAAAACAAAUCUCGAGUUCAAAUAGGAAUGCCCAUUACUGGAAAGUACCGUGAUCCGGAGAGUGAUCAGUAUUACAACAAUCAUAACGGCGCAAAGAUACUCUUAGCAUCGCACUUCGAUCUGGAGUACGUUCUGGGGCAUAAAAUCGCCUUCCUCUGCGUUGCGCGUGGAAACCCACGCCCACACAUCACAUGGUUCAAGGACGGUGCUGAGAUUUACAGUCACCUCUAUCUACACGUACAUGAGUGGGAAGUGGGAACAGACAGAGUGAAGUCGAAGCUGGAGAUUGAUCCUGCCACUCAAAUGGAUGCUGGCAUUUACGAGUGUACCGCUGACAACAUGUACAGCAUCGAUCGCAGGUCCUUCAAGACUGACUUUUCUAUUGCUUUCGAUUAGGUUUACAUUCCUUCAAGUAGUUCAGGAAGAGUAACCAUAGACAACACCGCUUAGAAGUAUGAAAUAAUCAUAAACAGUCGCUGUAUGUCAAGUUGGACAAUAAAUUCGGUUCAUUGAAUCGAAA